CUUUGAGACAGUUUCAAUUAUACAUUCAGACAGUUAACACGUACCGCUAAGAAUUGUCUAAAAUGAAAUUAUUAUUGCUCGGCGUGUUGGGCGUGCUGAGCAUUGCAAAUAGCAAUGCGAGCCUCGUUUGCUAUUACGAGUCAACUUCGUAUUUUCGUCAGGGCUUAGCUAAGCUGGACGCUAACAGCUUGGAGCUGGCACUGCAGUUCUGCUCUCACCUGGUCUACGGCUAUGUUGGCCUCAAGCCAGGCACCCAUGAGGUGUUUAGCUUGAAUGUCGAUCUGGAUAUGUUUCACUUCAAGGACAUAACUCAGCUGCGUGCCAAAUAUCCCCAGCUAAAAGUGCUCUUGAGUGUGGGCGGGGAUCGAGAUGUGGAUGACCUGCAUCCCAACAAAUAUCUGGAAUUGCUGGAAGCAAAUCGCACUGAACAACAGAACUUUAUCGAUAGCAGCAUGGUGCUGUUGCGUAAAAAUGGCUUCGAUGGCUUGGAUUUGGCAUUUCAAUUCCCCAAAAACAAGCCGAGAAAAGUGCACGGAACCAUUGGCAGCUACUGGAAAAAGUUUAAGAAACUAUUUACUGGGGACUUUGUUGUCGAUCCAUUGGCGGAUCAGCACAAAGAUCAGUUCACUGACUUUGCAAGACACCUAAGUGCAGCCUAUCGAAGUGCCAAUUUGAUGCUAACAUUGACGGUGCUGCCCAAUGUCAACUCCACUUGGUACUUCGAUGUGCCAAAGCUACAUCCCUUGAUGAACUUUAUUAAUCUGGCAGCAUUCGAUUUCUAUACGCCCUUGCGCAAUCCCGAGGAGGCAGACUACACUGCUCCGAUCAUGUUUCUGGAUGAGCAGCAGCGGCUGCCUCAUCUCAAUAUUGACUUCCAGCUAAACUACUGGUUGCAGCAUCAGUGUCCGCCACAUAAAAUAAACCUGGGCAUUGCCACCUAUGGCCGUGUUUGGCGCCUAUCCAAGGACUCCGGCCUGAGUGGAGCUCCAGUUGUGCAGGGCACCAUGGGAACAGGCGAUGGUGGGCUACAAAUUGGCAGCACUGAAGGCUUGCUCAGCUGGCCGGAGAUUUGUUCAAAGCUACCUCUAAAUCAGACGGCCAUCUAUCGAGGUGCGAAUGCACCGCUGCGAAAAGUCACAGAUCUUACGCAGAAAUAUGGAAACUAUGCGCUGCGUCCGGCUGAUGAGCAGGGCGAACACGGCCUGUGGGUGAGCUACGAUGAUCCCGACUUUGCGGGCAUUAAGGCCGUAUAUGCCAAGAACAAGGGUCUCGGCGGCGUGGCCUUGUUCGAUCUGAGCUACGACGACUUUCGAGGUCUUUGCACGGGCCAGAAGUUUCCGAUUGUGCGUUCAGUUAAAUAUUUUCUAGGUUAGAUUAUUGCUUUUCUCUUAGCGAAUUUCGUAAUUUUAAUUCUAAUCAGCUAACUUGUUUCAAUGCUUCAACUUCUGGCCUCGCCGUCUGAAUCGGCUCAAUAACUUUGCUUACGCAAUGAAACUAUUCUAAGAGCCCAUGUAAAACAAUAAUAAUAAUAAAAAUAAAACUUGUUUUAUACUCGA